AUGUCUACACAAAACGUUGCUCCCGUUUAUCCUCGACCACCGAUGUAUUACAAACGAUAUACGGACGAAAACCUCGCUAUCCUUAAACAAGUUAAAGAACACGGGGAAGAUGCAUUUGUCGCUUCUGGAGGCACGUUACCAAACUUUAACAUAUUUGAAUUAGAACCUCCACCUCCAGUAACGGAAGGACGUUAUUUCUCAUUUAAUGAGCCGUGGACAGUUGUCGACGUUUUACCCUCUUUGGAAGAAUCUGAACAAAAGCAAUUAUAUCCGUCAGGCGAGAUAGAUCGGGUUGCAGAACUUAAGAAACUAAAUAAUUCUGCGAUUUUCAAUUUCCUUGAAUUACUGAAUUCCUUGGUUAAAGAACCUGAACGAUCUUUAGACAAAUUGGAACAAAUCAAGACGAUAUUUGUUAACAUGAAACAUAUGCUAAAUGAAUAUCGUCCACAUCAGUCAAGAGAGACCUUGAGAUUGAUGAUGAGAAAUCAGUUGGAGAAUAGAAGGCGAGCUACUGAAGAAAUUCAAAAUCGAUGUAGUGAAUUUUCUAAAAAGUUGGAGGCCGUGAAAACAUCUUGGAAAGCUCUGGAUGAGCUUAAAAUGGAUCUGGCACGUUGCAGUUCCCUGAAAGAUGACUUGGACUUUGAAAUUAAGACACAAAAUACACAAAGUGAAGAAAUAACGGAUCCCAAUACGUAUAAUAUCAGUCAAGAGACAACACAAAAAAUGUUGGAAAUGAUUGAUGGAUGA